AUGCUUUGUUUAUGUUUCUUUUCCAUUGAUGACAGCGCUUGUUUGUUUGGAACGUGAGAUACCGGAAACCAAUAAAAACAGAAAACACUGAGAAAUUUCGGUCAAAUUACUAUCUAUCUAAAAGGUUGCUGCACAACUGUAUUUCAUUAUGUCCAAAUAUAAUCAUAAAUAAAUAACUUUAAUAGUGUUUAAAAGACAUGCAAUAAGAUAUAAAAGAAACUAAUCAUGGCAGGUGAUGAUAGAAUUACAUUUGUACAAAAAGAUUUAUCUGGUAAUUCAUUCCCAAUCUUCGAAGAAGUUAAACGCUUGGGAAAAUUAUGUGAUGUGACUUUAAAGGUUGAAGAUCGACAUUUUUAUGCUCAUAGAAUUAUUUUAGCUGGUACUAUACCAUAUUUUCAUGCAAUGUUUAUGAAUGAUAUGGUCGAAAGUACCCAAGAAGAAAUUACAAUAAAAGAAAUAGAUCCUGAUGCCUUGGAAUUAUUGAUAGAUUUUGCAUACAGUGGAAAAGUUGUCAUUAGUACCUCAAAUGUUCAAUCUUUACUUGUGGGAUCAUCGUUUCUGCAACUUCUUAAAGUUAGAGAUGCUUGUUGUGAUUUUUUAAAGAAAAGAUUGCAUCCAAAUAAUGUUUUGGGUGUUCAAUCCUUUGCAGAUGUUCUGGGCUGUACAUCACUUGUUGAAGCAACUAAUCGUUAUAUUCAGAUGUAUUUCAGUGAUGUAGCACGCUCUGAAGAGUUUCUGAACUUGAAGUUUGAGGAAAUUAAAGACAUAAUAAGUAGAGAUGAGCUGCAUAUAGCAAAUGAAGAACAAGUUUUUGAAGCUGUUAUAACUUGGGUAAAGUCUGAUUCAAAUAGAAGUGCUUAUCUGCCAGAAUUAUUGACUGAAGUUCGAAUGCCUUUACUAACUCCUCAGUAUUUGACAGACCAUGUUUCUACAGAAGAACUCAUAAGAACUUCCCAUCAAUGCAGAGACUUAUUGGAUGAAGCUAAAGACUAUCAUCUUAUGCCAGAGCGUAGGCCUCUAUUGCAGAGUUUUCGUACAAGACCUCGAUGCUGUCCAGAUAUCAUAGGUUGCAUUUAUGCUGUUGGUGGACUCACAAAAUCAGGUGAUUCUUUAAGUACAGUUGAGAGGUUCGAUCCAAAAGUUGGAAGGUGGAUGAUGAGUGAGGCAAUGAAUAUGCUUCGAAGUAGAGUUGGUGUAGCUGUUAUGCAUAACAAAUUAUAUGCCAUUGGAGGAUACAAUGGUUCAGAACGUCUAAGCACUGUAGAAGUUUUUGACCCAGAGUCUCGAGAAUGGUCAACUGCUGCUUCUAUGAACUGUAAAAGAAGUGCUGUGGGAGCUGCAACACUUUUUAAUAGACUAUAUGUAUGUGGUGGAUAUGAUGGCAUAUCUUCUUUAAAUACAGUUGAGUGUUAUGAUCCAGAAGAAAAUAUAUGGACAAUGGUGACCAGUAUGUCUAAGCAUAGAAGUGCUGCUGGUGUUGUAGCAUUUGAAGAUCAUAUCUAUGCUUUAGGAGGUCAUGAUGGGCUUUCUAUUUUUGAUUCUGUUGAAAGAUACAAUCCUCUAAGUGGUCAGUGGUCGCUAAUGCCUCCUAUGCAAACAAGACGAUGCAGGUUGGGAGUGGCCACUCUAAAUGGUAAAAUUUAUAUCUGUGGGGGAUAUGAUGGCUCUACAUUCCUACUUACAGCAGAAGUUUACAAUCCUGCUACAAGAGUGUGGUCUUACAUUGCACCAAUGAAUGUGAUGCGAAGUCGAGUUGCCCUUGUAGCGAACUGUGGAAAACUGUAUGCUAUUGGUGGAUAUGAUGGAACAACAAAUCUCAGCUCUGUCGAAGUUUACAACCCAGAAAAAGAUCGGUGGGAUUUUAUUGCAUCAAUGUGUGCACAUGAGGGAGGAGUAGGUGUUGGCGUUAUUCCAUCUUUAUAAUGAACAAGGUGGCUAAUAAUGUUAAAUAGUUUUUAUUUUACUAUUUCUUGGUUCGUUUGAGUAUUUAAGUGUUGGCGAUGAAGUUGCAUACUGAUGGUAUUUGGUGUGCAAAUCAUUGGUCUUUUAUACUUGUAGUUUAAACAAAUUCCUUGAAUUCUGAAAUUCAUUUUAUUAUGUUUCUGUUAACUCAGGUUUUGGGAUGUUGAGGUUGAAAGCUGAUGUUUGAAGAUAAAGUAUAAAGAAGACCACUCUUAAGAAAUUAAUAUCAUUUUUUGGUGUAGUUGUGGUAUAGAAUAAUUAAGUUUUUGAUGAGAAUAAUAAUGACGUUUUUUUACAUUAUGUUAGGUGUAAUGUUUAAUCUUAUAGCUUUCAUUUGACCAAGCUUGCACACAUUUAAAAUCUAUUUUAUUUUGACAUAGCUGUCACUAUGUAAAGUGUGACAAAAUUAAACAUUAUCCUCAUAUCAAGAACAAUGAGCAAAUUAUCUGAAUCAGUUAUUUUCAUAAUGUCAAACUUUUAUUGGUACUAGUGCAUUAAUCUCAUGAUAUUGGGAACUUUUUUGCUGAAAUGCAUAUCUUUUGAUGAAUUUCAGGUUUGACCACUUGUCAUUAGGUUAAUAUAGUCAAUUGAUAACAUAGCAUCUAUGGUAAAUAAUUGCUGAUUGCAAAAGGUAUAAGAUCUUUGUUGAUUAAUCAUUGGUUUAAAUAAGAUAUGUUUAAUAUUUUUUUCAUGAUUAAUCACUAAUAUGUCGUUAAUACACUAGUACCUUUAAUUAUUUCUAUUGUUCAAAAUGUCAAAAGACAUGGAAAAAAGUUAAAUAAAAAGUUACAUAAGCUAAUGGAUAAAUAUCUAAAAUUCAUUAUUUUUUUCUUAUUA